CUGACGAAAGACAGUGGUUGGAGAACACGUGAUGGAUCUUUGGCAGAUUAUUUUUUUGGUGGUGUUAAAGGUCAAAUGAACUGUGCGUGUAAGAAAGAUAACUCGUGCUAUAAUGGUUUAGACUGUAAUUGUAACGCGGGCGACUCAACAGAAAGACAGGAUAAAGGAUAUGCUACAUAUAAAGAUGAUUUACCAAUUACAGCAUUUUUAAGUGGAAAUACAGGUAUGACUCUUUAUUAU